UAAUUUACAGUACAAAAAUCAUACAUGGCUAGCAUGGACAGAGAAUAUACGGGUGAAAUUCUAUCAUACCUUCUACAAGCCGAAACGAAACCAGUGGCCCUCCCGCGGGUUAAGAGUGAGACGAGAGCGUGCGUUAUCAACUGGCUGAUGAAUAUUAACGGCAUAGACGGCAACCCAGCCACCAUUCAGACGGCGGUGUGGUACCUGGACGCGGUGCUGGCCAUGGGCAACGUGACGCCGGAGAACAUGCAUCUGGUGGCGGCGGCCGCGUACUGGAUCGCGUCCAAGCUCCACGGGCCGUUCACGCCUGCGUCCAAGCUUGUCAAAUACGGAAACCAUACCUUCACGAAGCAGAGGCUGUGGGAGGCGGAGAAAGUCAUAUUGCUUAGAUUGAAAUUUCCGCGCCAACCAAUAGUGCCCCAAGACUACCUCUGGUAUUUCGCUUGGUGGUGCAACAAAGAACGGCCUGGCGAGAUCGAAGUGGCCACCACGUUCCUUUGCCUCUGCGGGAUGAUGGUCAACAAGAGCCUCUGCCCCGAGUACCCGUCCGUGGUCGCCGCGGCUUCUAUAAGGAAUGCUUUGUUGUUGCUGAAGAAAAAGGAGCUGAUACCGCGACUGCAGAGGUGUCCGGCAUACGUAGCUGCAGAAAGAAAGGCCGGGAACAUAUCACGCACGUGCACCAUUCUUCGGCACGCGGUGCGCGUGGUGGGUGCGAAGAACUACAGCUAUAAGUUCAUAUUCAAGCAGUACGGACUGCCGCCGAAGAACAUCGCUCAGACCAUCGUGAGUGCGGCCAACGAGCUCGCUGUCAUGGACACUAGGAGCACAGCUGUCAUAUAA